AUGGAACUUUAUGAGAUUUUAGGGUUAACCAUAGUCAUUUUGAUAUGGAUCACAUGGGUAAUGGAGCGCCAUAAUCGCCGAGUAAAGGAGCUAGGUAGCCUACCACCGGGACCAAGACGGUGGCCGGUGGUUGGCAACAUUUUCCAACUGGGUUUGGAACCACCUCACCAUUCUCUGGCUAGGUUAGCUCGCAAACAUGGGCCUAUCAUGACUCUCUGGUUAGGAUCCAUGGGCACGGUUGUCAUCUCCUCGAGCGAAGUGGCUCAAGAAAUGUUCAAGAACCACGACGUGGUUCUUGCAGGGAGAAAAAUCUACGAAGCCAUGAAAGGAAAUUAUGGCCAUGAAGGAUCCCUGAUUACUUCUCAGUACGGUCCUCACUGGCGCAUGUUGAGACGACUUUGCACCACGGAGUUUUUCGUGACAAGCCGCCUUGACACCAUGAGAGGCGUCCGUGGGAGGUGCAUAGACCGAAUGGUGCAGUUCAUUGAAGAUGCCGGCCGUGACAGCGGCAAGAAUGGGAUUGACGUGGGAAGAUUCUUUUUCUUGAUGGCGUUUAAUCUGAUUGGGAACCUGAUUUUCUCGAAGGAUUUGUUGGACCCGAGUUCAGAGAGAGGUGCUAGGUUUUUUUACCAUGCUGGUAAGGUCAUGGAGUUGGCUGGUAAGCCAAAUAUUGCAGAUUUCUUUCCAGUUUUGAGGGUUCUUGAUCCACAAGGUAUAAGGAGAAAGACCCAGUUCCAUGUCGAACGAGCGUUUGAAAUUGCAGGAGGAUUCAUCAAGGAAAGAAUGGAGAAAGAGAUGAGCGCUAUGGAAGAAGAUGGAGAUAUUAAAAAGCAGAAGAAAAAGGAUUUCUUAGAUGUGCUUCUGGAGUUUCGAGGAGAUGGUGUAGAGGAGGUCUCUAGAUUUUCUUCCAGAACCAUCAACGUUAUCGUCUUUGAGAUGUUUACAGCAGGGACCGAUACAACGACAAGCACGUUAGAGUGGGCAAUGGCAGAGCUUCUUCGCAACCCAGAAAAGUUAAAGAAAGUGCAAGAAGAGCUGAGAAGGAGCAAGAAGAAGCCAGAAGAAAAAGACGUUAACGAUUUACCUUACCUAAGAGCCGUGAUUAAAGAAACCUUAAGACUCCACCCACCUCUUCCAUUUCUAGUGCCCCACAUGGCUAUGAACUCCUGCAAGAUGAUGGGGUAUCACAUCCCCAAGGAAAGUCAAAUUCUAGUCAACGUGUCGGCGAUUGGGCGAGACCCCAAGAACUGGGAUGACCCAUUAGCGUUCAAACCAGAGAGAUUCAUGGAGCCAAACAAGAUGGAUUAUAAGGGUCAGCAUUUUGAGUUUUUACCAUUUGGGUCUGGGCGUAGGAUGUGUCCUGCGCACCCUCUGGCCUCCAGGGUGCUGCCACUGGCGCUUGGCUCAGUCUUGCAGGCGUUUGAUUGGGUUCUGGCGGAUGGUGUCAAGGCGGAGGAGAUGGAUAUGGCGGAGAGGAUGGGAAUUACGCUCAGAAAGUCUGUGCCCUUGAAGGCCAUACCGAUACCUUACAAGCCUCCACAUGGAUGCUAG